AUGGGUUGUGCUCAGCGGAGGCAUCAUUCUGCAGGCGUAAACGUUUCCGGUGCACCAAAGGAGAUUGCAACACAAUUCCCACCGAAAGGGACGGUUACACAAACUACAACUGGAGUGAAAGUUCCAAAGAUACCUGCUCCCCCGGUGCCCGCAACAUCUAUUGUUCCUGUGCAGCCUCCUAGGGCACCCACACCAAAGAAACCUGCCGCUCCGGCUGUGGUUCCAACCGCUCCUGCUGUGGUUCCAACCGCUCCUGCUGUGGCUCCAACCGCUCCUGCUGUGGUUCCAAGCGCUACUGCUGUGGCUCCAACCGUCGCUUCUGUGGCUCCAAGCGCUACUGCUGUGGCUCCAACCGUCGCUUCUGUGGCUCCAAGCGCUACUGCUGUGGCUCCAACCGUCGCUUCUGUGGCUCCAAGCGCUACUGCUGUGGAUGCAAUCGCUCCGGCCGUUCCGCCUCCAAGCACACUACCACAGCCAAGUUCGAACAAAGUACCAGAGACUAUGGAAAAAAAACACCGGCUUUGCCGACCCCCCAUGACAAAUCCGUCAAAUCGGUGUUCUUAG